AAUCAAAUAAAUCGAUACUACAAAUAAUCGAUUGUUGUUGCUCCAGCUGUUGUGUUCGGUCGGAAAAAUGUCUUCGACGUUAAUAAAAUGUUUUAAUUUGGCUAAAACUGUGGGGAAUGCGACAGUCAAGAGCUUUCUGGCAGCCCCUAAGCAGCCAUUGCAGGCCUGCAGUGCGGCCGCCCUGCAAACGCCGCAUGUUCAAAUGUCCAUGCAGCAGAUGCACACUUCCCCAGUUCGCCGGGAUCUGAUGGAGUUCUUCGACGACAAGAAGAACUGGAGCGAGAACGAGGUGAAGGUGGGUCGCGCCUGGCGGACGGAGGAGCUGCGCAUCAAGUCCAACAAGGAGCUGCACCAGCUGUGGUUCGUGCUCCUCAAGGAGCGCAACAUGCUGCUGACCAUGGAGCACGAGUGCAACGACAAAAUGGAAAUUUUUCCUAGUCCGGAGCGUAUCGAUAAGGUAAAAAUCUCCAUGGAAAACCUCGAGACAGUGGUGAGGGAGCGAAACAAGGCGUAUCACCUGUUGGAAACAGGCGAAACGGGUGAACGGCCCCAGAAGGCGGUGAAGAACGCAUUCGGCCUGCAGGUCUCAUACAAAUCUUGCGAACACGCCCUGCCGCCGUUCAUGAACCUAAAAUGGAUAAAAUCCCGCAACAUUGGCUUCGGUGGCAGAGCUGUGAACAGAUUCCUUCUAAAGUACAGGGAGAAGCUCUACAACGUCAAGCGCAAGGCCAAGAACCGCUCCCGCAACGAAGUUAUGAUGAUCCUGCGUCGCAACCCCAAUUUCGACCUGGAUGUGCUGCGUCGCCAGUUCCCCGAUGUCAACGUUGACAAGCUGUGCAACGAGGACAAGAUUCGUGGUCACUAUGUGCCCAAAGUUGGCGUAUGAGCUACCAAGCUGCAGUUAUUUAGUUAUUAAAACAAUGUACCAUCGACAUCUUUAA